AUGCUCCUAUGUUAUGUUCUUACCUUGCUGUCCCCCGGUCUCACAGUGAACUACGGGCUGUGGCAUGAUCACGUGAAGGGCUGGUGGGAGAAUAAGGAAAAACACCGAAUCCUCUACCUGUUCUACGAAGACAUCAAAGAGGACCCCAAGAGGGAGAUCGUGAAGAUGAUGAAGUUCCUGGGGAAGGAGUUACCCGACCUGGUCAUCGAUGGGAUCGUCCGGAACACCACCUUCGAAUCCAUGAAGGACAAUCCCAUGAGUAACUACUCAACUAUCCCGGAUUCCAUCUUUGACCGCUCCAUCUCCCAUUUCAUGAGGAAAGGGACGGUGGGCGACUGGAAGAACCAUUUCACCGUGGCCCAGGACGAGGAGUUCGAGGCGGAUUACCGACGGAGGAUGGGGGACACCGACCUGCGGUUCCGCACCGAGCUGCCGCGGGGGGGAGGGCUGGCCCAGUGAACAGCCCAGAGAGAGCCGGCACAGCAAGAUCCCACGCUCGUUCCAACUCCUUCCCACUCCCCUCGAGGGAGGGGGAGUGACCUUUUUGCCUCUAGUUUACCUAGGGUUAGAUUACUCACAGUGUGGAAACAGGCCAUUCGGCCCCAAAUAGUCCACACCGACUUGUAUCUGCAUUCAGCAAAACCUCGAAAAUUACUUUUAUUGUUGGAGUUAGAUAAUCUCUCUUUAAAAUAUCCUUCCAUUCCUCCUUGCUAAGUGAGCAUUCACACUUUGCAGGGCCCCCCCCCAUCACAAUUCGAGCUAAAUAUUGCUUUACUUUUAUAUAAAACCUUUCCUUUUCUCUACUGUACCUUUUCUGAGCGUUAUUUACUUUAUUAUUACAUCCGUUUGCUUAAUACCUA